UAAUUAUUGCAUUCCUAGAAUGGCUUUUGUUUAUAUUGACUACCUUAAUCAGAUAAUGUAGUUGCAAUUGGUACUCAACUCUGAGUGGGUGGGUAAGAUAAGGUCCUGUCAGAUGCUAGGUGACUUAAGUUUAGUAGUAGUAGGGGAUAAGGUCCUACUGUCAGUUGCUAGGCGACUCAAGUUUAGUGUAGGGGAAGCUUUGCAUAAGGUCCUACUGUCAGUUGCAAGCAAUUCGUAAUUGCAAUAGUGAAUGGUGUGGGUUGAUACUACAGUGCUAGUUAGACGUAAUAGCAAUAUCACUGUCCUUAGUCUCACACUCCUAUUGAAACUACAGUAUAUGGGGAAACCCUGAGGCAAAUUUGUGGGUGACCAUCAAACAGUAGUCACAAUCCCUUCCCCCUCUUUCCUUUUUGAAUGUGUACCAAGUCAUAAUCUCGGCCCAUCCUUGGAGCCCUCGGGUAUAAAACCGCUGAAGAUAACUUGGAGAAUUAACUGAAAAAUACGGACUCGCAGUGGAUAGACAGAAAUUUGGAGAAUGAAGAAAGAAGCAAGAUACGUUGCAGCUAUAGUCUUCAUCGCCUCGAUCUUUGUGGUAUGCAAGGCUCAGUAUCGACCGAUAGGCUCUUGUGAGUCCAGUCAGAGCUGUGUGUAUCGCUACUCCUCAACUCAGCGAAGCUUUGACGGUGAUGAGCUGCAAGUAGCCACCGUGUCAGCUGUUGUCGUCUCUCAAUGUGUAUCAGCCGGAGUGUAUGGAAGGCAGAAUGCCCUGCAUUACUGCAUUAAAGUCAGUGGAGUGAGAGUGGGGGGUGACGUGGUCAAGGAUGACAGUACUGAUGAAGUUAUUGAUCCGACUGAAGAAGACAUCCUAGACCUCGACCCAAAUGAUUCUGUUUUUCACGACCCCCCUAUCUCCCCAGAAGAUAAAAUGAUGGCUGGUGAAUUCUGCUUCACCCAAACAGACGAUGGGAAGAUUGUUGAGGUCAGCUACCCUGAUGGAGAGAGCAGCGAGGCUGUCAACUUUAAGAAAGGCAUUGUAGCUGCCUUCCAAACUAACUUCAAAGGAACAGCUGAACAAGAAGAGGAGGACACAACAUCUUUACACAAAUCAGCUUACAGGUAUGCUACAAGAGGUACAGAGAUCACAGCAUAUCGCACAGUGCAAAGCUCCAAUGUGCAUGUCUUAGCUGGGGGUACACCUACAGAAGAUGUCCAGAUUACUGCAAAUGAGCAGAUCAUCUAUGAUGGCAAAGUGCUCACUCGAUCUCAAGGAUCAACCUCUGUUGUGCUUACCGCAGGGUUGGGAGAUUUAGACUUGUCCAGGGUUGCAGCACCUGCUGCACGAAUCAAUCCAACUGGUGUGUUGGCAAAACUGCCCGAGUACGAGCAGGAGGUGCUUGGGAGGGCAAAACGACAGGUGUUCGGAAGAGGGCCCGUUGGACUGCCAUUGGAACAGCCAGCGACCUACGAUAGUAACACAGACAUCAACGAUAUGAAGGGAGAGGGAGAGUACACAUUAGUGAAGAUAUUCUGCAGAGCAGCAGUGGCUAGAACUACACGUGAAGCUUGGGAGGAUGAUGACGGACAGACGCUUGUGACUGACACUCUACGAGCUAACAUCAAUUACACUCUAACUGAUCUUCGACUCUUGGAGGCACUUCGACGCCAAAUUCCAUCUAUCUGGGAAGCCUUGGAAACAUUGCACAGUGACUCAGAACACAACAGUCUAGCCGAUCGUCUCCACCAGCUGGUUGAACUGGAGGGGGAGUACCAGCCACCACCAGGAGUCAAGCCUGCAAUCAGGGAGGUUAUCACCUUCUUGGAAAAGCUGCUGGGAUCAGACAAGAUAGAAGACAUGAAGAUGAGGAGCUUCAUUUACCCACUUCUUGCUACAGAGGGGCACCUUGACUCUCAAAUGGCUCUUCUCAAGUCAUACUAUGACUCUGUCGACCAAGAAGAAAAAAAUGGUAUCAUCACGCACAUUGCUUUCACCAGAAACCCUCGUCCCGAGUUUCUUGAGAUGGUGAGGAAUGCGAUUGACUCUUCUCCAACCAGUGUGGAUCCUCUAUUGCUGGCUUAUGGGGCCCUGGCGAGCGAUAAAGAGCAUGGAAUACAAACCUCCGUAGUUAAGGAUUUGAGCGAUCGACUGGAACGUCUGGAGGCUACCGUUGACUCCAGUAAGAAGAUACACCCCCUCAUUCAUAACAUACAUGCGUUGGGGAACACUGACAGUAAACUGACGAUACAGACGGUGUUGAAGUAUUUGAAGAGUAAGGAUCUUGAUAUACAACUGGCAUCCAUAAACGCUCUCAAGGCCCACUCAGUCGAUCAAAGGGUACAGGAACAAUUAAAAGAUGUCAUCCUCUCAGCUCAGUUCCAGGAUCAAGUUGAAGCUAUUGUGCAAAUGUUGAUCGAAGGACUGGAUAAAGUAAAGGACAAAGACUCACAUGAUACAUACGUCGAUGCUCUAGCGUCCAUUGGCUUCUUCGAGGACUCUAAACUGCAUUCAUUAGUGAUGGACUACCUUCAGAAACUCGGAACAAAGCGUGCAAUGGAAUACAAUAAUGUCCUUCAAAAUAUCGAGAGACCUGUUGAUGAAGAUGAGACAUACGACAUAAGAGAUGACGUCAAUGACGCUCGCGUGCGUAGAGGAUCUGACUGGGAUGCUUCUAGCUCUAUCUACAACCUCGUUGCUAGCUAUUCCUCAAGGAGAAAUGAUGUCAUCAAUCAUCCUAAACACAAAGCGUACAUCUGGGGGAAAAAGUUUGGUAUCAGUAAAGUGUAUGCACAAGUGGCGGCCGGUGGAUUUGCUGGUAUCAAGCCAAAUGGAAACGGGUAUAAAUUGUUUGCCAAAGUGAUUGCUAAGGGAUAUGCUUUUGGAAAGACUGCUACUGCUUUGAGAGCUGAGUUCUUACGUCAAAGAACAGGGAACAGCAUUUAUCAGAAGAUCUACGCUAAAGUUGUUGGCAAGACACUCAUUAAUGAAGCUGGCACCCUACCCUCCGGUUGCAACACCCUCACAAAGAAUCUGUACAGUACAACCAUCAAGAUAUUCCGAUUUAAGUACAGCAUUUUCAUCUAUGUUGGUACACUUGACUUCUAUAUUGGCAUGACUGCCAAGCUCGGACUAAAAGUGAAAGUGUCAGUGUGCGAGACGUCGGUGAAGGCAUGUGCCAGUCUCAUUCCUAGUCUCACUCUGAGGGCAGAGGGAGGAGCCAGUGCCACAAUACUUCUGGUGGUGAGAGGAGGAGUGGAGGUUGCAGCCAGCUUCACGUACGAGCUAGAGCCUGAGAUUUGCAUACACUACUGCCGAUAUGCCACCCAGAAGGUCAAAGCCUGUGUCAACGUAUACCACGGCUGGCCCAACAACUAUGCUGAGAUCUAUGCUUACUACCAGCUAAGAAAAAUCAAGAUCUUUCCACCCAAGUUUUACUGGGGUUCUAAGAAGCGAUGGAGCAAACUCUCAAAGCGUUGGAACCUCCCCAGUUUCAGUCGUCGCAAGAUCUGGAGCUCAUGUGACUCCACCCCCGUGUGUUCCAUACCCACCAUCAGACCCCCUCUAGUGUUCACCCUGAGGACCAUAAAGACUCCUACCAUUCGACCCCCCUUCAUUGGAUCCCCGGGCAUUCGACCUGGAUCCCCGGGCAUUCCCGGUAUUCGUAUCCCAUCGGCACCCUAAAGGAACCAGUCGUGCAUGCAAGACAUUCCUUAGAGACUAUCAACAUAAAUUAUACUCAGCUAUAAAUGACUAUUACCCAAUACCAAGUUUAUGUUACUCAAUAUAGUUGAUAUAAUGGUUCUCAUGCUGUUGCUCAUGAAUUAUUUGAAACUAACAUGA